AAUAAAAUAAAUAAAUUUUAAAAUUAUUUGUCUCUCCCUAGACACACCAAAAGAAAUCGUGAUAUAUCAUCAAACCAUGUCUCCAACAUGGCUGAAGGCGCAUACGUCCUCUAUUGCCAGUUUCCACACGAAAACCGCUGAACAGCUCACAUUCAACAGAGGCUCAGCAGAUAACGCCGCCCUCCUUAAAGUUCCCAUGAUUCCUGCUGGUGUCUUGCAUGUUUUCGCCUCGCUGACCGUUAAAAUUGUGGUUUCGCAUGACGUCAGUAUCAGGACAGCACGUUAUGGCAGCGAUAUUUUAUAUGGUGUGUCAGACGGGAAUGCUGUUUUCGGAAUUACUACGAGAGGUAAAGUUGAUUACAGGUACCGCCCCCCAUGUAAUGGGUUCUUCGGUCACUCUGGUACAAAGUUGAGACGAAGUGUGUGGGUCGGCACUCGUUCGCCUAAACCAAGCGACUCUUUCUAUCCCGGUCAGUUUGCGAUCACUCUGAAGGUGGAUGAACAUUGGGGCUCGUGCUACCCUACGCAUGACGGAGGUUUCGUAAACACGGCUUACUUCAAGCUGAUAGUGCCGCCCCACGACGGACUCACUCUCGAUGUUUAUAAAGCAAACAAGUUCCAUAAAGUUGGAACCAAGUACAUCGAAGUCACUAUCCUACAAGAUGCUGCAUCUUUGUACUCAGUGCAACUGUAAAAUUAAGGGAUAUCAGUAAGGGGAAUUUGUUUUUGUUUGUUUCUUGCAGCAAAAUGAGAUCAACAAUGGUGGACUUCUUUAUGUAAUCCGCUCUGCUUGCUGGAAUAAAAAAAA